UCUGUGUUAUCUGUAAUCCAGGUCAAAGAGCUCGAGUGUCAGAACUCUUUCUGUCUCCGUGCAUGUGUGUGUUUUGGGAUCUGCAUAAGUUUUGAUAUUAUUCUGUUUUAUGAGAAAUGAAAAUGAAGAGCGUCAAGUUCUUGUUGUUGCUAUCAUCCCUAAUUGUGGUGGUCUCUUAUACAGCGACGGCUGCGCCGCCGCCGACUUGCCCUGCUGAUGUUUCAAGUGAUUGUGGUUCUGGUGAAUGGGAAGGGGACUUCUUCCCAGGCAUUCCAAAAAUUAAGUAUGAGGGUCCUACCAGUAAGAAUCCUCUUGCCUACAAAUGGUAUAAUGCCGAAGAGGAAAUUCUUGGCAAAAAGAUGAAGGAUUGGUUGAGGUUCAGCAUUGCAUUUUGGCAUACAUUUCGUGGGACAGGUGGUGAUCCGUUUGGUGCACCCACAAAGACGUGGCCUUGGGAAGAUGGAACUAAUUCUUUGGCAAUGGCAAAGAGAAGAAUGAGGGCGAACUUUGAGUUCCUUGAUAAGCUUGGACUUGAUAGAUGGUGCUUCCAUGACAGGGAUAUCGCCCCAGAGGGUAAAACGAUUGAGGAAUCUAAUGCUAACUUGGAUGAAGUGGUUGCUCUUGCCAAAGAACUCCAGGGCACAAGGAUUCGUCCUUUGUGGGGUACAGCUCAGUUGUUCUUCCAUCCAAGAUACAUGCAUGGAGCUGCAACUAGUCCUGAACUAGGAGUGUAUGCAUACUCAGCAGCACAGGUCAAAAAGGCAAUCGAGGUUACGCAUUAUCUAGGUGGAGAAAAUUAUGUCUUCUGGGGUGGUCGUGAAGGCUAUCAAUCUCUUUUGAACACAGAUAUGGAAAGAGAGCUCAAUCACAUGGCACAUUUUUUUGAAGCAGCUGUUGCCUACAAGAAGAAAAUUGGAUUCAAUGGGACGCUGCUCAUUGAACCUAAACCCCAGGAGCCUACAAAACACCAGUAUGAUUGGGAUGCUGCAACAUCAGCUAACUUCCUCCGUAAAUAUGGAUUGAUAGGUGAGUUUAAGCUGAACAUUGAGUGCAACCACGCAACUCUCUCAGGUCACAGCUGCCAUCAUGAGAUUGAGACUGCUCGAAUCAAUGGCAUAUUGGGUAAUAUUGAUGCAAACUCCGGUGACCCCCAAGUCGGUUGGGAUACCGACCAGUUUAUGAUGGAUGUUGGAGAAGCAACACUAGUUAUGCUCUCCGUUAUUAAAAAUGGAGGGUUGGCACCCGGUGGGUUUAAUUUUGAUGCAAAAUUGCGGAGAGAGAGCACAGAUGUCGAGGAUAUCUUCAUAGCUCAUAUCGCGGGUAUGGAUACCAUUGCACGUGGGCUUCGAAAUGCUGCCAAGCUAAUUGAGGGUGGUUUGUUAGAUGAACUAGUUCGCAAGAGGUAUGCAAGUUUCGACACAGAAUUGGGAGCCCAGAUCGAGGCUGGAAAGGCUGAUUUUGAGUUACUUGAGAAGAAGACUAUACAAUGGGGAGAGCCCAAAGUUGGUUCUGCUAAGCAGGAGUUGGCGGAGAUGAUAUUCCAGUCUGCAAUAUAGAGUCGACCAUUUCUUAGUGUUUUUUUUUCUCGUCUACUUUGGAUAUAGCUUCUUCUAUUUUGCGCAACGGACUAAACUUUAAUAAACUUAGAGACGUAUACUCUCUUUCGUUUGUGAUAUAAUUCGAUUUCUAAGGAGAUUGGUGUAUUUGAAGUUCAGAUAUUUAAUGUUACAUUCGUUUAGAUUUGACGAA